GCGCCGGAACCAUCCCAACGUCAUUUGACUUGCGGCUUGCCUUGCCGAGACUGUUCCGCUCCGCCUUCCGAGCCUGCCUCUACCGCUGACGAUUACUUCCAAGGUCGGACUAUCUUGCUUCUUGACUCUUGGAGGUUGCUACUGUCGAGAACUGAUUAACGGGUCUAGAAUGGAUCUACACACGGCUGUGUAACGGCGUGCGUCUGUCCUCUGCGCAACCGGCUCCGCCAUUCGACACAGGACCUCGAAGCUCUUCCCGCUGCCGCAAGCAUCCGCAAAAGCAAGACACUUCCGGGCCACUCCUCCGCCUCCGUAUACCAUCUCUCACAUCGCCAACCCUGCCGAACAUCCCCGGCUCUGGCGUCUUCCCCCACCGCUCCUACAAAUCCUCCCUCCACCACACAUCCACCACCCACCAUGGACCGCCGCCGCACCCCGGGCCUCUCCAGCCUCACAACCUCGCGCCUGCAGAACCACCACUACACCGCGCACGGCACCGCGCUGCGCACGCGCAACGCCGAAACCCUGCAAACCCAGCUCUCCGUCUUCCAAUCGCUCCUGCACAACUUCGCCCUCACGCACGCAAAGGACAUCCGCGCCAACCCCGAGUUCCGCGCCGAAUUCGCGCGCAUGUGCUCCGCGCUGAACAUCGACUUCCUCGCAUCGUCAUACCACAAAGACAGCAAGGAGGGGAAAGGCAGCGGGGAUGCCGGGAGUAUAUGGGCGCAGCUGCUGGGAGGGAGUGUGAAUGAUUUCUACUUCAAUCUGGGCGUGUUGAUCGUGGAGGAGUGUCGGGCGACGAGGAGUGAGAACGGCGGCCUGAUAUCUGUCUCAGACCUGCGCGCGCGUCUCUCCGCCGGCCGCAGCAAUGCCAUCGGCAGCGCGCUGUCCAACAUCACCGACGACGACAUCAAGCGCGCUGUGGAGUCCCUGUCUCCGCUCGGCGCCUGCUUUAGCAUUAUGAAGAUCGGGCACCGGAGCUUGAUCCGUAGCGUGCCCAAGGAACUUAACACGGAUACGUGUACGGUGUUGGAAGCGAUACAGUUGCUUGGGUAUGUGACGAUCAGCAUGUUGCAGUUGAACCUGGGGUGGGAACGGCCGCGGGCAAUUGCCGUGGUGGAGGAUCUGCUGGCAGAUAGUUUGGUGUGGGUGGAUACGCAGGCCGGAGAAAAUGAGUACUGGAGUCCUGCGUUUAUCAGUGGGGCGGGUGGUGUAAGUGGAAGCUGAUGAGUGGCAAGAAAGAGGAAGGGCACGAGACUCUGGUUGCUCAGAAAGUAGGGGGAAUGGCGAGAUAGACACUUGAUACCCGGCAUCCAUGCCAACGCUCAUAGAACACUCAAUCAGAGAAUCUAAUAUAACAUUCUCUAGUCGAGUCAGAACAUUUUGAAUUCAGUACUGACACAUCUUGCCGCAUCCUAGUACCCCGACUCACUCGAUCAGUCAAUCGUUUGUGUCCUCUAUAACCUCCCCGAUUACGGUGUAACUCUCUGUGGGUCCCUAGGGAAGAGACUCGUCAUCCGAAUAUUGGGCAAGCCCAGCCAGAAUUGCACGAUACGCUCAAGACCGAACCCGCCACCACCAUGCGGCGGACAUCCAUACCUGAAACUAUCCACAUACUCCUUCGUGCCUGGGCCAUUGGGAUCGAUCGGCGGGUCGUGCUUACGCAUUUGCUCCGCGAGAAGAUCAGCG